ACAGAGUCCAGUCAACAUGGACUGAAUCAGCAAACACGUGGACUCGCAUCGUAACACGCUGAAAACUCAUAAAAAUAGUCAGUUUGAAAGGACUGGCGUUAUCUCUUAAGAUUGAUACGGAAUUGAUCAGUAGUCUCUCAGUUUGUAAUUAUCUGUGGGUGGCCUGAUUAAUUUUCGUGACAGGAGUCUUCAAGCCAUAGCGAAUGCUCUGAAUGCUUAGCAUCGAAUAAAAUGUUUAAAUAUAAUCGCUAGCUUUAUUUUGUAAAUCAAAACACUGUGUCCGCAGUGACUGUAUACGAGAAAUUAUUUCUUUCGUUUACUCUCAGAAAUACCACAACUAUGAGCAAAAAGACCAAGAAAACCAACGACAACUUUGGCAAUAACGUUAGAUGUUCAAUCUGCGGUCAACAGUACGGACGAAAGGUUAUAGAUAAGCAUAUGCAUUCUUAUUUCCACCAUGAAGCAAUUGAGAAGAUCAAGGGCAGUGUACAGCUGCAUAAGUGUUGGGCAUGUGAUGUAUCUGUGAUGGGACUAGAGCAGUACAAGGAGCAUAUUGCCACCGACAUGCACACACAAAAUCUGUUUAUUCUCCAAGAUAAAAGACAUAAAAGAGAACAUUUUAAAGCAGACUACAAUAUUGACCUAAAAGAUACUGAAUUAAAAGCCCUUUUUGACCCAAGACCGCAAGACAGGAGGAAAAAAAAAGAGCUGGACAGAUGUUCUAUCUGCCAUCAUCGUUUUCCUGAACAGGACUGGGACAAACAUAUGCACAGUUUUAUCCACCAUCAGACAGUUGAGAAACUGAAGGGCAGUGAACAGGAGCAUAAGUGCUGGGCCUGCGAAAUUACUGUGACAGGAAUAGCAGCGUUCAAGAAGCAUAUUUCCACUGAACAUCACAAAAGGAAGCUAUGUGAUUUGACGAAGAAUAGAACACUUGGAAAAUAUACAGUGGACUACAGUGUUGAAUUUAAUGAGCUUAAAGACCUUUGUGCCCAAAGAGACCAAGAAAAAUUUAUGAAAAAAAAAGAGAAAAUGGGGAAGUGGAAAGCAAAAAGGAAGACCAUGAAGUUAAUUCAGAUAAGAAGCACAGCUGGGAAUGAGCAUUGUACAACACCUUUCAUGGUGAAUGAGGAGUUCGAAGCUGGCCAGUUGCCCCCAUCAUGCCAUUUCAUGGUCUUUUGGGAAAAUCAAAAUGACCAUCCAGCAUCUGUCCAGCAUAACCAAAACCUGCCUACACAGAGACAGGAGAGCAUACUUGAUAUAGACAGAUCAGAUGGGCCGCUUGUGAAGAGUCUUGAGAGACCUUCAGAAAAUAUUCCUCAAGAAAUGUCUGCUCAUGGCAUUCAUCCCAACCGUGAUGGAAAAAGUACAGAUGUUUGUGUGAACCACGUGAGUCCAGGAACUGAGUGUGGUGUUGCUGCUGAGCUGACAUGUGCCCCUGGACUGGUCCAAAGCAGGAUCGAGGCCAACAUACCCAACUUGACAGCAGCAAGGGGAGUUUGUUUAACACAGGAGCCAGCAGCUGGGAAUGAAGCUGUGGUUCUUAAUCCUCCACAACACAUUUGUUCCAAAAAUUCUAUGUUGAAAGUAAACGGAGCAGGAUCACAGAGUGAACAGGGCAUGACCAGAGAAUGCAUGUGUGGAAAAGAACCAUACGCAGAUUCUUUUCCGCCUGUAUCUGUCCCGGCUGGGAUGUGCAAAAGCCAGGCUUCAGAAAAUGAGUUGGAGAUCAUUGAAAACGUUCGGCCUCAUACUGCGCAUGUUCAGAAAAAGAGAUCAAAUGAGUGUGAGACAGAACAGGGAGAAACAUCACUGGAGCAUCACAGCAGCUUUGAAGACACAUCCUGCAAUGUCCAGAAAACCAAGAGAAAAAAACAAGUAAAAGAGUUUUAGGAUCUGAUUCCUGAGAUAAACAACAAAAUAUCCAGAAAAAGAAAAGUGAAUAAGUUGAUAUCGCUGUCUUUGAAAGAAGAGGAGUUAAACAGCUCUUUAGAGAAUGUAGGUGAGCAGCUGUUCCAGGCGUACUCCACCCUGCAGAACGCAUUCACAGAAGUCCAGCGUCUACUAGCUGUUAAACAAGAGGUAACCUCAGAAAUGGCCUCACUCAGGGCAAAGCGCAUAAAGAUUCUGCAGGAUAUGAAAAAUCCUAGUGACCAGCAGGAGGUUCUAAAUGAAUCUUGACCGCCGUGUGAACCUCUGAUGAAAGGAUUGGUCUUCAGUAACCCAAUGAGCCUCACAGAGCAGCUGGAACACAGGAUCUACUCCCAGAAGUAUCUGAUGCUCAACAUACCUCCAGUGCACUAAAUUGAGCUCUGUGAGCAAGUACCUCAUUGCAAAGCCCAUAACUGCACUAUUGCAACAGAUUCAAUUCUAUAUUUAUAGUGGUUUAUGGCAAAUAACAUUGGAUUAUGCAUUAAUAAUUAUUUUUUUGCUUUGAUACUGGCAUAAAAUGUAAUUUCGAUUUUUACAUGUAAAAAAAAAAAAAAAAAAAAAAAAGUUUUGAGUCCAACAAAGCUUCCAUCCAUGUGAAGAUUCAGGUCAGUUAAAAGAUUUUCAGA